AUGAGGCCCAGAAAUCGACUUAGGCGCUACGAGAAGCAUCAUGACGCGAGCGAGCCCGCAGUCGAGGAAGCAUACGACCCGCGCGCGCUCCUCCAGGCCGACAGCGAUGCCUCACUUGAAUCCGUCACGGACUCGUCCGUUGACUCGAUUGACUCCGUUGACUUGGAGGACUCGGAGGACCCGCGGGUGCUUCUCGCGGUGGCGGAUGUGGCGGCAGACUUGAAGCAGACGUCGGACGACGCGAGCGGCAUGGUGAAGAAAACGCUCGGGCAGGCGGGGAGGAACGUGCGCAACUCGAUCGGCUCCAUGAUGGGAGCCCCGACCAAGGGCAAGAAGAAGCACCGCCACCAUCGCCACCGCCACCACCGCGGGAAGACGUCCGCUGCUCCCGCUGCUGGCGCGAAGGGGGUUGGGAAGCAGCAGGCGGGAAGUAAGCUCAACUCGGGCGCAGCCGCCAAGACUGGCGCACUGACGGGGGCUCCAAAGAAGCAGGCGGGAAGCAACCCGGGCGCAGCACCCAAGCCGCCCGCUGCUCCCACUGUUGGCACGGCAGCCGUCCGGAAGGAGCAGUCGCCGGGAGCAAAGGCCACCUCGGACACAGCCCCCAAGCCCACCGCUGCCACCGCUGCCAGCAGUGCUGCGCCCGGCAUUUGA